CAUGCAAGAGAGACCACAAGCUCAUAGAAACACUGAACAUAACACACAGCUAGGAAAUUAUAUUAAGCUGGCCUGAGCAAUCAUGUUGUCUUACUCAUCCUAUGUACUCACAGCAGUAGCUGCUUUGAUAGUGACUUGCCACGCAUUGAGUAAAUUUCCAGAAAUUUCUGGGCUACCUGAUAUCCCUGGAAAAGAUGUUCUGAAAGGACUACCACGUGUACCGGGUCUACCUGGUUCUCUGGACACUGGAUGCCACAAUCUUUUAGUAAAUUUGGAACACCGACUUUUCCAACUCGAAGCCGCACUUGCUUUGAAUGGGAAAAUAAGAGAAGUAGGAGAGAAAGUGUUUGCUACCAAUGGAAAGAAAGCCGAUUUUGCAUCUGCACUACGAUCCUGUGAAGAGGCUGGAGGAACUCUUGCAACUCCCAUGAAUGAGGAGGAGAAUAAAGCUAUUAUGGACAUUGUGAAACAGUAUAAGCAAUAUGCUUACUUGGGCAUUAAAGAGUGUGAGACUUCAGGCCAGUUUACAUAUAUAACUGGCAUUCCCCUGAGUUACACCAAGUGGCACCAAUAUGAGCCUAAUGGCAAAGGGAAAGAAAAAUGUGUAGAGAUGUACAAGGAUGGGAGCUGGAAUGACAAAAAGUGCAACCUGUAUCGUCUCACAAUCUGUGAAUUUUAAAGAAUGGCCUUUCAGCCACUUCAGUGUGUGGAGACAAUGAAAUAUGCUAUAUCUUAGGUUUAUAAAAUUUCUGCAAAUUUUCUGUAUCUUAAAAUCUAAAAUGAAUCAUAUGUAGGUAAUUUUUUAUCCUUAAGAAAAUGCUAAAUGUGGUAGGUGAUUAACAUAAUUAAAAUGUCCUUAAUCUGA